GGCGACGGCCGCGGCGGCGGCGGCGGCGUGUCCGUGAGAGCGGCGUGGGGGCGGGGAGGAGAGGCGGCGGCGGCGGCGGCGGCGGCGUCCGAGCUACGCCACACGGGGCCGGGGCGCCGGGAGCCGGGAGCCGGAGCGCAACGCGGGGUCGUGGCGGCGGCGGUGAGGGGAGCGCGGCGGAGGAGGCGGAGCCAUGGCGGGCCAGCAGUUCCAGUACGAUGACAGCGGGAACACCUUCUUCUACUUCCUCACCUCCUUCGUGGGGCUCAUCGUGAUCCCCGCCACCUACUACCUCUGGCCGCGAGACCAGAACGCGGAGCAAAUUCGAUUAAAGAAUAUCAGAAAAGUAUAUGGAAGAUGUAUGUGGUAUCGUUUACGGUUAUUAAAACCCCAGCCAAAUAUUAUUCCUACAGUAAAGAAAAUAGUUCUGCUUGCAGGAUGGGCACUGUUCUUAUUUCUUGCAUACAAAGUUUCCAAAACAGACCGAGAAUAUCAAGAGUACAAUCCUUAUGAAGUACUAAAUUUGGAUCCUGGAGCAACAGUGGCAGAAAUUAAGAAACAGUAUCGCUUGUUGUCACUUAAAUAUCAUCCAGAUAAAGGAGGUGAUGAAGUCAUGUUCAUGAGGAUAGCAAAAGCGUAUGCAGCUUUAACAGAUGAAGAGUCUCGGAAAAAUUGGGAAGAAUUUGGAAAUCCAGAUGGGCCUCAAGCGACAAGCUUUGGAAUUGCUUUGCCAGCUUGGAUAGUUGACCAGAAAAAUUCAAUUCUGGUUUUACUUGUGUAUGGAUUGGCUUUUAUGGUUAUUCUUCCUGUUGUGGUGGGCUCUUGGUGGUAUCGGUCAAUACGAUAUAGUGGAGACCAGAUUCUAAUACGUACAACACAGAUUUAUACAUACUUUGUUUAUAAAACUCGAAAUAUGGAUAUGAAACGUCUCAUCAUGGUUUUAGCUGGAGCUUCUGAAUUUGAUCCUCAAUAUAAUAAAGAUUCCACAAGCAGGCCAACAGAUAAUAUUUUAAUACCACAGCUAAUCAGGGAAAUUGGCAGCAUAAAUUUAAAGAAGAAUGAACCUCCACUCACCUGUCCAUACAGCCUGAAGGCCAGAGUUCUUUUACUGUCUCAUCUUGCUAGAAUGAAAAUUCCUGAGACACUGGAAGAAGAUCAACAGUUCAUGCUGAAAAAAUGUCCUGCUCUGCUUCAAGAAAUGGUUAAUGUAAUCUGCCAGCUAAUAAUAAUGGCCCGGAGCCGUGAAGAAAGGGAGUUUCGUGCUCCAACUUUGGCAUCCUUAGAAAACUGUAUGAAGCUUUCCCAGAUGGCUGUUCAGGGGCUCCAGCAGUUUAAGUCACCCCUUCUGCAGCUCCCCCAUAUUGAAGAGGACAAUCUUAGGAGAGUCUCGAAUCAUAAAAAGUACAAAAUUAAAACUAUCCAGGAUUUGGUUAGUUUAAAAGAAUCAGAUCGUCAUAGUCUGCUACACUUCCUUGAAGAUGAGAAGUAUGAAGAGGUCAUGGCGGUCCUUGGGAGUUUCCCGUAUGUGACCAUGGACAUAAAGUCACAGGUCUUGGAUGAUGAAGAUAGCAACAACAUCACAGUAGGAUCCCUAGUUACAGUGUUGGUUAAGUUGACGAGGCAGACCAUGGCUGAAGUAUUUGAAAAGGAGCAGUCCAUCUGCGCCGCCGAGGAACAGCCUACAGAAGAUGGGCAGAGUGAUGCCAACAAGAUCAAGGCAAAAGGAGGAUGGCAGCAGAAGAACAAAGGACCCAAGAAAAUGCCCAAAUCCAAAAAAAAGAAGCCUUUAAAAAAGAAACCCACAACUGUGCCCUUACCUCAGGCAAAGCAGCAGAAGCAAAAGCAGGCAAAUGGAGUUGUUGGGAGUGAAGCUGCAAUAAAGGAGGAAGAAGACGACAUUUCUGACAAGGGCAGUGAUUCUGAAGAGGAAGAAACCAAUAGAGAUUCGCAGAGUGAGAAAGACGAUGGUAGUGACAGGGAGUCUGAUAGAGAGCAAGAUGAGAAACAAAGCAAAGAUGAUGAAGCAGAGUGGCAAGAGUUACAACAGAGUAUACAGAGGAAAGAGAGAGCUCUUCUGGAGACCAAGUCAAAGAUAACACACCCUGUCUAUAGUCUCUACUUUCCUGAGGAAAAACAAGAGUGGUGGUGGCUUUAUAUUGCAGAUAGGAAAGAACAAACAUUAAUAUCCAUGCCAUAUCAUGUGUGCACACUGAAGGAUACAGAAGAGGUAGAACUCAAGUUUCCCGCACCCGGCAAGCCUGGAAAUUAUCAGUAUACAGUGUUCCUGAGAUCAGACUCCUAUAUGGGCUUGGAUCAGAUUAAACCACUGAAGUUGGAAGUUCAUGAGGCCAAGCCUGUGCCAGAAAACCACCCACAGUGGGACACAGCGAUAGAAGGUGACGAAGACCAGGAAGACAGUGAAGGAUUUGAAGACAGCUUUGAGGAAGAGGAGGAGGAAGAGGAAGGUGGAGACUAACCCGUGUGAGUGGACCACAGCGUUUGCACAUCCUUGCAAACAUUGCUGCUCUGUGAGUGGUGAUAAAGCAGCAGCAGUGAGGACUGAUAUGGAGGGAAGGGUUGCCGACUUUACUAGAAACGGAUGCAAAAAAGAGGCCGCUGGUGCCAGGGUACAAUCUGAAAAGGGUUUUUAAAGCCUUUCAGCUAUGGGGUGGUGCGUUUAUCUCAUCUGCAAACGAUAAUAAAUCCUUUGAUGUUCCAACUGUCCAGAAGUGUGGGCUGUGCAUUACCUGAGUAUGCUCUCAGUAAAAGUCAAGGUACAUGAAAACAAUCUAUAAAUGAGGAGCUCUUCUUUGUUCAGCUUUAGUUUUAGUAAACAUUAAAAUAUGAUAAGCAUCACACAUGUUUUAAGUAACGUCUGCUCAAGUUUUUAAUCUGUUAGUAAGCUCUAUUAUUCAUUUAUCAAUAUUUUACAAAUGGUAAGAUUGUAACAGUUCAAUAUGUGAGUUGAAACCAUAAUUUUCAUCUAUCUUGGCCAUAACUUAGCAUUCUCACACAUUCCACAUAAUACAGAGGGCUACAUUUUAGAAUUUUCCAUUCUUAAUUGCCCAGAGUUAGCAGACGUUAUAAAAGUGGCUUUUAUUGGCUUACAGCCUCUUAAAGCCUCUGGUGGUGUCAGUGCAGGAUCGAAUUCAUCUGAUAAGCUUCAGGGCCAAAAGUUACUCCGGGACCACACGUUCUCUGAUGCUCGGUUGAUGUCAUUCAGCCUUUUGGAAAAGGUUCACUAGAAAAGCUGAACUACAUUCGUAGCUUUUAACCUACCUGACUCUGUCCGAAGCCUUCUGAAGACAGUAUAACUACAGCAUACAAAGGAGGCACUUUUGUAUUCAUUUGGACUCCUGUUAAUAAAAUAGAAGUUUGACUCA